ACUCAUACAGGGGAGAAACCAUAUCACUGUGUGGAAUGUGGAAAGAGCUUCAGUCAGAGGGCCAAGCUCACUUCCCAUCGUAGAAUUCAUACAGGGGAGAAACCAUAUCACUGCGUGGAAUGUGGAAAGAGCUUCACCUGGAAAAAGUGUUUCACUUCUCAUCAAAGAAUUCAUACAGGGGAAAACCCCUAUCAGUGCCUGGAAUGUGGAAAGAGCUUCACCAGGAAAGAAAGUCUCACUGUCCAUCAAAGAAUUCAUACAGGGGAGAAACCAUAUCACUGCGUGGAAUGUGGAAAGAAGUUCACCUGGAAAAUAAGUUUCACUUCCCAUCAAAGAAUUCAUACAGGGGAAAACCCCUAUCAGUGCCUGGAAUGUGGAAAGAGCUUCGUUAACAGCACCACACUCACUUCCCAUCAAAGAAUUCAUACAGGGGAGAAACCCUUUAAGUGCUUGGAAUGUGGAAAGAGCUUCACCUGGAAAAUAAGUUUGACUUCCCAUCAAAGAAUUCAUACAGGGGAAAACCCCUAUCGGUGCUUGGAAUGUGGAAAGAGCUUCAAUCAGAGUGCCCAUCUCGCUUCUCAUCGUAGACUUCAUACAGGGGAGAAACCAUAUCAGUGUGCGGAAUGUGGAAAGAGCUUCAUUAGAAAGCACAGUUUCACUUCCCAUCAAAAAAUUCAUACAGGGGAGAAACCCUAUCAGUGUGUGGAAUGUGGAAAGAGCUUCAGUCAGAGGGCCAAGCUCACUUCCCAUCAAAGGAUUCAUACAGGGGAGAAACCAUAUCAGUGUGCGGAAUGUGGAAAGAGCUUCAAACAGAGUGCCCAUCUCACUUCUCAUCGUAGAAUUCAUACAGGGGAUAAACCCUAUCACUGUGCGGAAUGUGGAAAGAGCAGCAUUCCAAAGCACAGUUUCACUUCUCAUCGUAGGCUUCAUACAGGGAAGAAACCCUAUCAGUGCAUGGAGUGUGGAAAGAGCUUCAUUAGAAAGAACAGUUUCAUUUCCCAUCAAAGAAUUCAUACAGGGGAGAAACCCUAUCAGUGCUUGGAAUGUGGAAAGAGCUUCAAUCAGAGGGCCCAUCUCACUUCUCAUUGUAGACUUCAUACAGGGGAGAAACCAUAUCAGUGUGCGGAAUGUGGAAAGAGCUUCACCAGGAAAGAGAGUCUCACUGUCCAUCAAAGAAUUCAUACAGGGGAGAAACCCUAUCAAUGCUUGGAGUGUGGAAAGAGCUUCACCUGGAAAGAAAGUCUCAUUGCCCAUCAAAGAAUUCAUACAGGGGAGAAACCAUAUCAGUGCUUGGAAUGUCGAAAGAGCUUCACCAGGAAAGAAAGUCUCACUUCCCAUCAGACAAAUCUUACAGGGGAGAAGCCCUAUCAGUGCCAAGAGUGUGAUCGGAGGGAUUUAUGAAAGUCUGGUCUCAUUUUUAAAGUUCUCUAAAAAAAUAUACUUGUAGCUCUUAAAAGGACUUAGAGCUGUCUGAAAAAGCUAAAAUCAAGACAGGAUUGGACAAGUUCGUUUCUCUUUGAAGGAACAGGAGAAUGUUAGCCGCUUUGAGACUCCUUAAAGGGAGUGAAAGGCGGGAUAUCAAUCCAAACUCCUCCUCUUCUUCUUCUUCUUCUCCUCCUCCUCCUCCUCCUUGCAGGACCCCCUUUUCCUUCCUCUUUGCUCAGAGAGUCGGAACCAACUCUCAAGGGACCCUGGAGCCAAACACUUGCAGAGUUUUCCUCUAGCUUCUGAAGCAAAGGGUGUACAGAAAUCUGUUCCCCACGGAGGGAGAAGCUCGCCAGGCCCCCAAGGUCCCCAGAUGAAGCAGCUCUGCGCCUGCACCACGCCCUGGGUGUUGGAAAAACGCCUGGGAAGGCCGCCACCUUCGCAAGACACCGAGGCAUCUCUCCGAUGGUCACUCUCUGGCUGUAAAUCUUCCUCAGUCCAGAGAGACUGGUAAUAAGCAACCCCUCCCUCCUGAGAGGAGCACACUCGUCUUCUGGCGUCUCAUUGCAGAAGAAAGAGACAAUCAGUAGCUAUAAACUACCAGCAUGUCUGCUCUCUCUGAGCAUGUCUGCUCUCUCUGAGCA